ACUCAGAACCCCGGUGAACACCUUCGAGCUUUCGAAGUUCGAAUGGUUGUAUUGAACAGUAAAAAACAGGCACACACAGCUCUACCAAAAAACAUCUUAUUUAAGAGCAAUGGUGAUCGAGGCUAGUUCGGAGAGUUUCUAUCAACCCUCGACCGUUGUCCGGGAAACCGAUCUUUGAUUUAGAGUUUUGGACAACUGAAGGGCUUUCAUCAAAAUGGCUUUUGUGACAUCUCAAAGAAAUGAGAAUAAGUUUGCUCAAAGUGUCUGUGCUGUCCUUAUGAAGGGAAACUGGCUCAACCUAUUGAAACCCAAGAUGUCUCAUUGCUUUACACCCUCUCUUGUGAACCGGAUUUUGCUCUAUCUCUCCUUAGACGGCCCUCUUUGUUGGGCUUUCUUCAAGUGGGUAGAAUCCCUUCCUCAUUACAAGCAGUCUUUACAGCCUAAUUGGACCAUGGUUCAUAUCCUCACUGAGCAAAAACAGUAUACAACUGCACAGGAGUUGCUCAAAAGAAUUGCUUUUAGGGAUUUCCUUUCGUCACCUUUGGUGCUUAGUGCACUUAUAAGUAGCCAGAGUGACCCUAAUUCAAACUCACAAAUUCUAAGUUGGCUUGUGAUCUUUUAUGCUCAAUCAAAAAUGACUCAAGAUGCACUGCAAGUGUUUGAACAAAUGAAGACCAAUGGGUUCAGACCUCAUCUACAUGCCUGUAGUGCAAUCUUGAGUGCAUUGGUGAAAGCUGGACUCACUGAUAAAGCAUGGAAAACCUACAAAAAGAUGCUCCGUAUUGGGAUUGUCCCAAAUAUCCACAUCUACAAUGUCUUGAUCCAUGCUUGCUGUAAGUCUGGGGAUGUGGAGAAGGCAGAGAUAUUGUUGAAUGAGAUGGAGUCAAAGGGUAUUUUCCCAGACCUUUUCACUUACAACACAUUGAUCUCACUAUUCUGCAAGAAUGGUAUGCAUUAUGAGGCUUUGUCUGCUCAAGAGAGAAUGGAGAGAGAAGGAAUACAUCCUGAUAUUGUUACCUAUAACUCCCUUAUUUAUGGGUUCUGUAGAGAGGGAAGAAUGAGGGAAGCUUCAAGGAAUUUUAGGGAGAUUAAAGGUGCAACCCCCAACCAGAUAACAUACACUACACUGAUUGAUGGAUAUUGCAGAGUGAAUGAUGUGGAGGCAGCUUUAAGAUUGCGUGAGGAAAUGGAAGCAAAAGGGUUGCACCCUGGGGUUAUUACAUAUAAUUCAAUCCUCCGUAAGUUGUGCGAAGAAGGCAAGAUGAGAGCUGCAAAUAAUCUCUUGAGCGAAAUGAGUGGCAGGAAGGUUGAACCUGAUAACAUAACCUGCAACACAUUGAUUAAUGCUUACUGCAAGAUUGGAGAUAUGGAUUCUGCAUGUAGGGUGAAGAUUAAGAUGUUAGAAGCUGGAUUGUCCCUUGACCAGUUCACUUACAAGGCUCUGAUUCAUGGGUUUUGCAAGGUCCUGGAAAUGGAUAAAGCAAAAGAACUCCUAUUUGGUAUGCUUGAUGCAGGAUAUUGUCCGAGUUAUUACACUUAUUCUUGGAUUGUGGAUGGAUACUGCAACCAAGGCAAUGAAGAAGCUGUUGUAAAACUCCCUGAUGAGCUUGUGAAAAGAGGCCUAUGUGUAGAUGUCUCAGUUUACAGGGCGCUUAUACGAAAGCUGUGUAAGAGGGAAAAUAUUGACUGUGCUCAAAAGGUUUUCCAUCUUAUGCAAGGAAAGGGAAUUUCAGGAGAUAGCGUUGUGUACACCAGUAUGGCCUUUGCAUAUAUGAAAGCUGGGAAGUCAAUUGCUGCUUCAGAGAUGUUUGAUGACAUGGCUAAGAGGAAAUUGAUGAUAACACUUAAAAUCUACAAAUCUUUUACUGCUUUCUAUGUCAGUGACAGCAGCAUCUUAGGCCUGUUUUGGGAUCACAUGGUUGAGAGGGGUCUAAUCUCAAAGAAGGUUUUAAAGUUAAUCCAGUAGUUGAAAUUUUAAAACAGUUCCUCUUGUGACAGCAAUCAACAAUGCAGUUGCAGAUUGAAGUUUUCUGUAUCAGCCAAUUGCGUAGCUGUACAUACAAUUAUAUCUGCAGAAGGAGGCCUAUGACUGGAUUCCCCAUCUUGGAGAUCUCAUGGGCCAGAAAUUGUUUGUUUAAUACGAUGACCAUGAAAUUGCUGGAUGGCCCUUUUAUUUGAAAAUCAUAAGUACUCCAUCAAGUUGAAUAUUAUCCAGAAAGACAUGAGCUUUAUUUAUGCUUAACAUUCUUUCUUGAUUCUAUGUAAGUCCACUAAUAGAGGGAAUGAAUUCAUAGUUUCAUACCAGGUGAUGACACAAUUGGGACCUGGAAUUGACAAGUGGUUACAUUGAAUAUGCCUGACUGGAAAUGACUGUUCAAGCAGGCACUACUGGGUAAUUCUACAUAAUUUAGAUAUACUGAAAUGGUUUUGGAUCCACACUAAAAUGUUCACCCUUUUGUAUUCAUAAGGUGACUUUUGCUCCAGGAGAUCUACAUGGACUUUUUCUGAGUGGCUGACCAUGGAUUUUGUACUUAAAGAUGAGAUAAACAUUAUAUUUUUGGUGGAUUAAGAGGCAUCAUCUGAGAACCAUUUUCUUUAUGGUCACUCUAUCUUUUUUGGUAAAAUCUCAUCUUCUCUUUUCUCUAGAUGUUCCAUAUGGCUCAGAGGAUUCUCUGCAUGUUAAUGGAAGGUAAAAGGGAUGACAGCUGGCCAGUUGAGAAUGGCUUAAUAAACUCAUCUACUAGGUGAGUUUAACUGAACCAGAUCACUAGUGGCUUGAUGUGCAUGGAAGAUUUUGCAGCACCCAUUAGAAGAAACAAUCUGUUACAAGUUGAAGGGGCUAGAAGAGCUAGGUUUAGACUGACAAGGACUUGGGUGGAGGUAGUAAGAAAUUAUUUAAGUGCUCAUAAUCUAAUGACAGAUAUGACACUGAACAAAAUGGAAUGAGAAAACAGGAUUCAUGUAGCUGACCCAUACUGUUGGGAGGACUUAGAUGAUGAUGAGACACUAGUGGCUUGAGCAGGUCCCAAGGGUGAGCCAGUGUGAGAUUAAGUGAUCACAUGCCUGGUCUAGUUCCAAAUGGACAACAAAGGGAUUUAUCAUCGUCCACCUUUCAUUACAUGGGCCUGAAAGAGGCCAUUGUAUCGAAGGCUGCAGCAAGCCCUCUUCAGUGGAGACUGAUCAAACCUUGCAACAGCAGAAAUGGAAAUUGCCCUAACCCCAGAUAAAAUGGACGAGGAAGGGGGAGAUGAUUAGAUGCUCAUCAAGUGGACUUUGAUGAUUCAGGCUAUGGGAUUCAGAUGAGCCGAGCAUUGGGAGUGUGGAUGAAAAUGCCCAGAAGGAGGUGGUAAAGGAAGACACCACCAAAAUGGUAGCCAUUCUUUUUCAGGAAUACAGGGGCAGCAAGAUUGGGGAUCAAAGGUAAUAUGCGACAAAAACUGUAGGAAGUGGUAAGGAGGAACACUCACCACUGACCAGCCUAAUGGGUGGACAAUCAAUUAGUAGUCGAUCAAGGGUAAAAACAAGUUCAAUUUUGUUACUUCAAUGAGGCAGAAUUGUUGUUUCUCUUUUAUUUAAGUGGAUCACUAUAUUCUAUGUAAAGAAAUCUGGCUAAUUGGGAGAUUAAGCUUUUCUUUCCAAUUGGCAGACCAUUCUCUUCUUUUUCUAAUAUGUAUGCGAUCACUUUUCCCUCUCUUCUUUUCCACAACUUUUAUUUUGUUAAUACUAAACAGAUCUUGCUUAGA